AUGAGCUCGACACCAGCAACCUCUCGAGCCCUUCCUGCUCGUUCUACUCCACCGCCAACUUCUGCAGUAGCUCGCAGUGGGGUAUCACGGACGGCGUCUGCAAGGAGUAGUCCUGUCAACGGGAGGCCUGCGCCUCCAAGAAAGAUGGAUAGCGACUCGCCCAACAAGCCGAUGAGCGUGAAGGAACAGCUAGAAAUGCAGCUGCGGAGGGAGCAGGAAGAGAAAGGGAACCUGUCCCUCAGACUAGAAGAUGCUACCAAAGCUAUACAAGAGCACGACUCAAUCAAUGUGUCUCUUCGUUCCUCUCUUCAGCUUGCCGAAUCCAGGCUUGCACAGCUCUCCGCCGAUGCUCUGCGCACGGAAACGUCCAUGUCCGAUCAAACCGACCUUGUUUCCGCCCUUCGUGAGCAGCUCGCCUCCAUGGAACGAGAAAGAAGAGAAGUCGAGAAGAGAUACAGGGAACAGGCCGAAGCGUUCGAGUUAGAAAGACAGGCGCAGUGGGAAGCAGAGCAUGUAUCACGUCAACGCCUUGAGAGACUGGAGAUACGGUUGAGGAGAGCGGAGGCACGUGUCGUUAAGGGUGGCCUGCAGCCGGAGACGGAAGAUGACGGUCAGGAGGAGAUUGAUAAGGUGGACACGCCGAAGAUUGAGAACCUGCCGAAGAGGGAAGACAAGGAUCAAGAAGAACCACCUGAGAUGACGAUGAUGCGAUUGGAAAUGGACAGCUUGAGUGGGGCAUUUACCACGCUACAGAACACCCAUCAGAUACUGUUACAAGAGAUGGCGGAUUUGAAGAGAGUCAACCAGCAGAUUCAGGAAGAAAACGAGUCUUACAAUGUCCUCCUGCGCGAGCGUACACUCGCAGGAACAUUCCAUCUCCCCGGCACCUCUCCUUACUCUGAUAAUGUCUCGCUGGACGAAGACGUUUACUCCAAAGCCGGUUCUCGUCUUGACCCAGUGUCGGAGGAUGCUGAAGUCCGGGAACUUGAAGGUGGCGACCAGUUCCCGGUUUUGUCCAGCAAACGCGACAGUAGUCCUGUCAGCAGCGUGCCAUCCAGCCGUCAGAGAAGGCGACGUGCCAGCGCAGGCAGUGCCAAGGGUGUUGGGGAGAGCCUCGCUGGGUUCCCAGUUUCCGGACCAGGAGAGGAUCUCGCUGCAGAGCUCGGGAGGGCGGAGGCCAGGGACGGCGUACCCGAAGUGGCAGUGGAGAGCCCCAAGAAUCCCAAAAAGGAGGACAACUCGUCCGUUGCAUCGAUGCGCGCGGAAAUCCAGGCUCUCAAGGAUGCCAAUAAGGCCCUCUCGCUGUAUGCCGCCAAAAUCCUCGACAGGAUUAUUGCCGAUGAGGGGUUCGAGCAUGUCCUCGCAGCGGACUAUAACAAGGAUGGGCCAGCAAAUGCCCAUACUUCAACUAAUAGGCCAGAUCGCACCUCUUCUCUAACGCGUUCGAAGACUGUAGCUGGACAUGGUCGUCGGCCAGCCAGUGCUACCCUUUCUGGUGUGCGGGAUCAGCCACAGGAGCAGAUUCCAAACCACAAUGCGCCGCCACCCAUGAUGGCGUCUAAGUCUGAGCCUCCAUCUUCAAUGCAACAGCAGCCGAAGCGCCGGUCAAUGUCGAUUGACUGGAAAGGCUUGUGGGGAGGGGGGACACAGGAGAAGAAGAAUGAAAGCCUUCGCCCGUUGUCCCUAGCGACCGCUGCAACGCCGGCUCCACCGAAACCACCGAUGCACACCGUUGUGCCCACGCGAACUCGUUUCAUUCCUCGUGAUACUGAGGAAGAUGAGGAAGACCAGCGGGAGAGGGAACGGCUUAAUGCGACCAUGAAGCUGAUGGGCAUUGAACGUGCCAGUUCGUAUAGGCAGAGCGAACAGCCAGCGGAUGACCUGAGUCAUUUGGACGCUGCACGUCACUCAACGACGUUCGCCAGCGAUAUCGCGACAAAGGGCGACAGGCGGAGGACAAGCUUGAUGAGGUCGCCUUCUCCGAACACGGUAGGUUUGCCUGGCUCUACCCCUCAACAGAGGGUAUCUUCAACCAUGUCCUAUCGCCUUUCUUCAGAUUUUAGUACCAACGGCGGACUGACAUCUGAUGCUCUGGCGGAAGCGGGCGCUGCGCAUGCCCUUGCGGAGCUCGACGCGGAGGAAAGGCGGAUCUCGGAGCAGCUUGCGAAGGGAAAGAUUCACCACGGCGGAUUCACACCGAGUGCAAGAGAACUGGCAGAAGCAAACACGGAAAAUGGGGCAAGUGGCGGAACCGGGCUGAUGAGACGAUCCAGUCGCCGAGCGCGGACAGGCAGGGAGAGCUCGGGCACGAUGAGCGUGGGCAGCGUUAGCACAGUGUGGAGUGCUGGGCGCACGAGUGGGAGUAGCACUGGGGAUGGCGCCGCCGAGUAA